UAAGUGUUUUGCGCCUUGGGCACGUCAAGAGUUAAGGAACUAUUUGAAAGGAUGUCUAAUGAACAUGGAAACAAUGAAAGUGGUAAAAAAAGGAAGAAGAAACGAUCUCAAAUGCAGAUGGCGAAGAAAUUCGCAAGACAAAGGAAUCAUGGUUCCGAUGUUGAUUCAGACACGUAUCAGUAUAUGGUACGAAUUUUGGAGUUGAUGAGGGGCGAGUUUCCAACUUCGGAGGAGAAAUUGAUAUUUGUAAAUAACGUAUACGAGCAGACCGUUGGCCACGAACUCGAGUAUGCUCGAAAUCAAAUUGGAUCCAGGAUAUUGGAUUCGCUUUUAAAGUACACGAAUUUAAAAACGAUUCAGAGGUUAGUCGACACUUUUGCGUCUUCUUUACGACCGCUCAGUAGCGAUAGGUUCGCAAGUCACGUUAUACAGAAGAUUAUAAUGGUUUCUGCAGACAGAGGAAACGGAUAUACAGCCAAGAAAUCGGACUCUGAACAAGGCAAAGAUGCUGUUAUAGAGGUAGAAGAAUCGGAAGUGAAGUUUUAUAAUGAUAUUGUGUUGAAAUUAAGUAAAUACUUGGUCAAUAAUAUAGAGGAAUUUGUAUUCGAUACAUACGCGAACCAUCUAUUGAGGACUGUUGUAGAAUGUCUGGGUGGAUUAAUCGAUAAGACUGAGUCCAAUGACAAGAAGAAAACAGUGUAUGGAGCUAGACGAACAGUAACACAAGAAUACAAAGAUCUGUUAUUGCAAACUUGUGACAGACUGCAGAAGUGGCCCCAGUUCCUAGAAUUUGGUAACGAUGAACUUACAUCUGGAUUGAUACAAAGUAUUUUAUAUUCUUUGAAAGAUAUGUAUCCGGAGAUGUUGAAAAUAUACAUUAAAAAGAUUACAAAAGAAUGUUUCAAACCUAGAGAGGACCAGCAAAUAUCAAAUGUUUUUGACACGGAAUGUUCGUCCAGAUUAUUGGAGGCUUGUUUAGCUGUCACAGAACCAAAAUUGUUCGAUAAAAUUUACAAACAUUAUUUUUCAAAUAAACUGAAAGAAUUGUCUUUGAUGCAAGGUACAAACUUUAGUGUGCAAAGGCUGAUAGAUUAUUGUAGUACAAAGGAAAUUCUUGAGAAAAUAUUCGAAGAAAUUUCAGCUUGUCUCUCUGAAAUUCUCAGCAAGAGUUAUACUGGCAUUUUAGUCAGUUUAGGGAAUGCGUGUUUGAGGCUACAAACUAAACAGGGUGCAUUCGUCACUGACAUUUUGAAAGCGCUCUGUUGCGAAGCGUCCAAGGAGCAGCAUAAAAUUGUGCUGUGUAUAGUAACUUUAAAGCCAUUGGAUCAAUUGGAAGAGUCACGAAAAGAGAAUAGUUCGAAUUAUGUUCUUAAUCUACACGGAAGCUUAAUUGUCCAGGCUAUUCUGAAAUUCAAUAAGCCGAUUAAAAUUGUCAACUCGUUGUUAGAAACAGACGGUACAGAAUUGUGCAACUUAUUUAGCGAUCCAAAAGGUAGUCGUAUCGUAGAUGCUUUUAUGGAUAGCAAGUACAUCGGUGAGAAAAGCAGGGAGAAACUUGCGAAGAAGUUGAAGGGCCACUGGGCUGAAUUGGCCCGCAGUACGCACGGUUCGAGAAGUUUGGAGAGAAUAUGGCAGUGGGCGCGUAUAAAUCAGAGGACAUUAAUCAUGGAAGAGUUAGCAGCGGUUGGAGAAUCCUUGCGUUCCACAAAAACCGGACAAAUUAUAUCGAGUAAAUUGAAUGUUCCCUUGUUCGCGAGAAGUAGGAAAGACUGGACGGAAGCCUUAGACAAGGAGGAUAAGACUAGAGCUCUUUUCGCAGACAUAAUAGGCGGCGAGUCAGCCAAGAGAAACGAAUAA